GCAAACUCGUCUGUUUUUUUCUGUUGCCGUUGAAAAAGAAGUGGUCUACAGGUUACAGGCUGUGGAAGAGAUCGUUAGGAUUCUGAUAUGAAGAAUUAUGAUGACACCAUAUCUUUUCUGGGUCAGUGGGGCAGCUUUCAGCAGACUGUCUUCUUCCUGCUCGGUGUCAGCAUCAUGCCCAAUGGAUUUGGAACUUUGUCUCUUGUCUUCUUGACUGCUACUCCCAGUCACCACUGUCUGGUUCCUGAGGUUAACCUGUCCCAAGAUUGGCGCAAUGCUAUCAUCCCGAUAGAGGUGGUGAAUGGGAAACAGGAGCUGAGCAGAUGCAGCAGGUACAGGCUGGAUGUGGUCGAAAAUCUCUCUGCUCAGGGAUUCAUUCCUGGCAGGGACGUCAACCUCACUGACCUGGAGCAGGAGGGCUGUGUGGAUGGGUGGAGCUACAGCAAAGACAUCUACCAAUCCACAGUUGUCUCUGAGUUUGACCUGGUGUGCAGGGAUCAGUGGAAGGAGCCGCUCACCUCCACAAUUUUCUUUCUGGGAUUUCUAUGUGGAUCCUUCGUCUCAGGACAGCUCUCAGACAGGUUUGGAAGAAAGCCUGUUCUCUUUGCCACCAUGGCCAUUCAGACAGUUUUUACCUUUGCUGAAAUCUUUUCACCUUCUUGGACGGUGUUCUCCAGCCUCAUCUUCAUCAGUGCUGUCGGACAGGUCUCCAACUAUAUAUCUGCUUUUGUGCUGGGCAGUGAGAUCUUGACUGGAAAUGUUCGUGUCCUGUUCUCAUCUAUGGGUGUGUGUGUGGCCUUUGCCUUUGGCUACAUGGUGCUUCCACCCAUUGCCUACUUUUUAAGGGACUGGAAAUCCCUCCUGCUGGGGUCCACUCUGAUUUGCCUGAUCUAUGCCCCCCUCUGGUGGUUCAUCCCAGAGUCUCCUCGAUGGUUGCUCUCACAGGGAAGAGUGGAGGAGGCUGAGGCCAUAGUGAGAAAGGCUGCUAAGAAGAACAGAGUCGAGGCUCCACUGGUGAUCUUUGAAGAUUGCAUUGCAUAUGCUGAUGAGACAGAGAUGCACUCCAAGGAACAACACAAUAUCUUCGACCUGCUGAGGACAAAAAACAUCAGGAACAUAACUCUUAUUCUGUGCCUUAUAUGGAGCACUUUGAAUACUGGAUACUACGGCCUGUCCCUGAACUCGGCUGAGCUUCAUGCUAACCCGUACAUAAGCAGUUUCCUCUCAGCAGCUGUGGAGGUACCAGCAUACAUUUUCUGCUGGGUGGUAGUGCGAUACUUUCCACGACGACUGUCUGUCACCUGUCUCUUGCUGCUCGGAGGAGUGUCACUGUUCUUAAUUCAACUAGUACCCCAAAGUUUAUCAGAUCUGGCUGUUGCUCUGGAAAUGGUGGGUAAAUUUGGUUUGUCCACCGGUGCAGCCCUGAUCUAUAUCUACACAGCAGAGAUUUACCCAACAGUGCUGAGGAACACUGCGACAGGGACAUGCUCGUCUGUUUCCAGAGUGGUUAUCUGCAUUAUGCCCUUUAUAUUAAAGCUGAGUGUAUACUUUAAGUACCUGCCUUAUAUAAUCCUGGGGACUCUGUCUGUUGUGUCUGCCUUCGCUGCUCUCUUCCUGCCAGAGAGUUUUGGACGACCUCUACCUCAAACUAUUCAAGAGAUGCAUAAGAGAGAACGUUGGGUUCUUAAAGGAAUAUAAAGCCCCUAUGUGUGGAUUUGACUUUGGCAACUCUAAAAGCAAGAAGAGUCCAUUCAUCACAAGAAUCAAAAGAUAUGGUGCUUUUCGAAAGUCAGCUCUUUACAUGAGUUACUAAGCAUACGAUUCCUUCUAUUUACCAUUUUUAUGAUCAAACAUUUCCAUCCCAUAAGUUCAGUCAGAACAAGUGGAUUCAAUGGCAUUAUAUGACAUUUCACUGCACUCUAUGCAUGUUAUCUCAAAUCAUAAAGAUGUCUACAAAAUA